UGUCAAAAAUAAUUAACCUUCAUAUCAUAUUUUAAAAAAAGUUUAUAUAUUUAUUUUAUAACAUUUAUAAUAACAUAGAUUUAUGAAGAUGAAGAUACAGUUAUUUUAUUUUAUAUAUUUAUUUUAAGUCAUUCUUACAAAAUAGCACGGAUUUAACAAAAUAUUUUUUCUUGAAAAUGUAAUAAUGUUGUACUGGAAAUCUAGCCUGAUACAAGAAAGACUAGAAAAGUGAUUUUUCAACACCCUUGUCAGUCUAAGGAGCAUUCCAGAAUGAAUGAUGAAAGAUUUUUAGUAAGUGGUUGGGAAGAUGAUCUUAAUGAUAUUGACGAAUCAAGGAACCCCGAAGUAAAAUUUGAGGAUGAUCUUUUACAAGCCUGUGAAAAUGGAAACUUAAAACUCAUUCAAGCAAUUUUAGAAACCGAGCCUAAUCUUAUACAUGCUGUAGAUAAAGACAAAUAUACUGCACUUCAUAGAGCAUGUUACAGUAAUCACAUAGACAUUGUUAAAUAUUUGUUACAAAAAGGAGCUAACAUUGCAGCACAGACUGAAAUGUUGUGGCAGCCUUUACAUUCUUGUUGUCAAUGGAACCAUAAAGAUUGUGCUGCCAUUCUAAUACAACAUGGAGCAGAUAUUAAUGCUAGGACUGAAGGAGGACAAACUCCAUUGCACAUAGCAGCUGCACAUGGUGCAUCAUAUGAUACAGUCCAGAUGUUGCUUAUGCAUCCCUAUAUUGAUACUACAAUAAAGAAUUCUAGCGGAGAAACAGCAAAAGAUAUAGCUACAAGAAGUUCGAGGUAUUAUAAUGUUUUUGAAAUGGCAGAUCCAUUGUUGGGUAUUGAAAGUAUAAACUUUUGGGAUAAAAUAUCACCGUCCUCCCUCCGGGAGCUUCAACAAUCCUCAAUCGCCGGCGAUACAACAACGAGGGACAUGUCAUCUAGACUGCAACUAUAUCAUCUACACUGCAACGACCAACAUUUGUAGGCCUGGUGGAAUACA